AUGGCAGAUGUAAAAGAGAAUGAACCUGAUAUGCCAAACGGUGGUGAAAAGGAAGAGACACAAUCAUCAGAGAAUACAAUGAAUCAAACUAUAUAUGUCAAUAAUUUAAAUGAAAAACCAUCAAAGAAGAAACUUACAGAGCAAUUAUAUAGUUUAUUUUCACCAUAUGGAUCGAUUUUAGAGAUUGUUGCAGCAAAGAGACAGAAGAUGAGAGGACAAGCUUUCAUUGUAUUUAAAGAUAUCACAUCAGCAUCCAAUGCACUCAGAGAGAUGAAUGGAUUCGAAUUUUUAGGUAGACCAAUGAGUAUACAAUAUGCUAAAUCUAAAUCGGAUGCAGUUUCUAAAUUAGAUGGUACAUAUAUUGAGAAGAAGAGAGAAAGAGAAAAUGAUCAAGAUAAGAAGAAAGCAAAGAAACAACAAACCAAGAAACCAUCGACCACCGCCAAACCCAAAGCUGCCAGUACAGCUAAUGCACAGGCUGCUCCUCUACAACCAAGAGAAGCUCCACCCAAUAAGAUUCUAUUUGUUGAGAACUUACCUGAGCAAUGUGAAGAGAUGAUGUUAAAUAUGUUAUUCUCUCAAUUCCCAGGAUUCCAAGGUAUAAGUAUGACAACUGCCAAGAAAGGUGUUGCUUUUGUAGAGUUUGACGACGAUUCGAAAUCAGCAGUCGCAAUGACACAUCUUCAAGGUUUUAAAGUUACACCAGAGAAACCAAUGGUUAUCUCUUUCGCUGCUCAAUAA